GGAACUUCUGUUUAGGUCUUGCCUUCACAGGGAAAGGAAACACUGAUAGUAUCUGUGUAAUCUUGCACUGAUGAGCUGGCAUCACAUUGCUUUGAAAAGAUUCAUAUUUGAGAUCUGAUGACUAAGUGGUGGUGAGCACAGCUGCUUUAGAAUCUGAGAUAAAGGAAAGAAGGAAAACAAAUCCAGAAUUGCUAUGUGAAAACCUUGCUGACAUGUAAUGCUGUCAGAACAUUUAUAAAGAGCAGAAACCCUAUUCAGUGUCAAUCAGGAUGAAUAUUUAAACAAACUUCAGUCUUGCUUCAAAAUGUCCCUCUGUGCAUCUUCUCACAAGGACUUUUCUCAGUUGCUGCCACUUCAGGAUAUUGGAUGUAAUAAAACAGAAAUUAAAAACUCGCCCGCUGGUAUCAGCUCUCCAGUUCCCUACAGCUGUAAUCAGUCCACACUGACAGCAGAACAAAGUCCGAUCUAUAUUCCUUCGUCUUACGUGGAAAACAGACAUGAAUAUUCUGCAAUGGCGUUCUGCAGUCCUGCUAUGAUUAAUUACAACAUUACCAGCAACUUUGGUGAUCCAGAGAGUGCAUCUGUGAGGCAAACGUCAAGCCCAAAUGUGUUAUGGUCUGCUCCUGGCCAUCUCUCCCCCCUGACACUGCACUGUCAGUCAUCGCUUCUCUACGCGGAGCAACCCAAGAGCCCGUGGUGCGAAGCAAGACCAGUGGAGCCAGUGCUACCUGUGACCAGAGAGACAUUAAAAAGAAAAACUAAUGGCAAUGACUGUACAAGCCCAAUUGCAAAUAAUCCUGGUUCAAAAAGAGAUGCCCACUUCUGUGCGGUCUGCAGUGACUAUGCUUCAGGAUAUCACUACGGAGUCUGGUCAUGUGAAGGCUGCAAAGCAUUCUUUAAAAGAAGUAUUCAAGGACAUAAUGAUUACAUCUGCCCAGCUACCAAUCAAUGCACAAUAGACAAAAACAGGCGCAAAAGCUGCCAGGCAUGCCGGCUACGGAAAUGCUAUGAAGUGGGAAUGAUGAAAUGCGGCUCAAGAAGAGAACGUUGUGGAUAUCGAAUCCUGCGCCGCCAUCGCAAUUCAGAAGAUCAAGUGCAUUGCAUUAGCAAAACUAAGAAAUACAAUGAGACGGCCACCCGUGUAAAAGAGAUCCUCCUCAGCACAGUCAGUCCAGAGCAGUUCGUUUUAACUCUACUUGAAGCUGAACCUCCCAAUGUGUUGGUGAGUCGUCCCAGCAAACCAUUCACGGAGGCCUCCAUGAUGAUGUCCCUGACAAAACUGGCAGACAAAGAGCUGGUUCACAUGAUUGGCUGGGCCAAAAAAAUUCCUGGCUUCAUUGAUCUCAGCCUCUAUGACCAAGUGAGGCUCUUGGAGAGCUGCUGGAUGGAAGUAUUAAUGGUGGGUUUGAUGUGGAGAUCAAUUGACCAUCCUGGGAAACUAAUUUUUGCACCAGACCUUGUACUAGACAGGGACGAGGGGAAAUGCGUAGAGGGAAUUUUGGAAAUCUUUGAUAUGCUCCUGGCCAUGACCUCGAGGUUCCGAGAGCUGAAACUGCAGCACAAGGAGUAUCUGUGUGUCAAGGCAAUGAUCCUCCUCAAUUCCAGCAUGUUUCCCUUGUCAGCAGAAGAACCUGAAAGCAACAGGAAGCUGCAUCACCUGCUCAAUGUAGUCACAGAUGCUUUGGUGUGGGUUAUUGCAAAGAGUGGAAUCCCCUCCCAGCAGCAGACAACUCGUCUGGCCAAUCUGUUGAUGCUACUCUCUCAUGUCAGACACGCAAGUAACAAGGGGAUGGAGCACCUGCUGAGCAUGAAGUGUAAAAACGUGGUCCCGGUGUAUGACUUGCUGCUGGAGAUGUUGAACGCGCACACUCUCCGAGGGCAGAGGAAGUCCCCAGUCACACACCCGGAAUUUGGCCCAUUAGAACAAAUGGAGGCUGUGGACAGUCUGCGCAGCGGGGCGACCCAGUAAUUCUGCCGGUGCCUGGAGAUGUGAAGCUUGUUCAAAGCUAUGAGAGCAAACGAAGCCACUGUGGUGGGACUGCUGAAGUGUGACCUAGCACGAGUCCUCAUCUCUUCUGGAUUUACACAGGGAUAUCCUGGGAAAUGCUUGUGAGAUGUGCUCCUCCCUCCAUCCGUGUUUCUGACAUUGUAAUAGCUGCACUUUUAUAGUGCCUUUCCUGAGACUCUUAAAAAGCACCUUAUGAAAUUAAGCCUCAGAACAGUCCUCCAAGACAGGAAAUUACCGCCUCUCUUUUUUAAAGGCAACUGAGACAAAGCGAUAAAGUGACUGAUUUAAGAUGACAGAAUAAGUCUGUGUCAGGGCUAGGAGUCAGGACCCAGGGCUCUGUCUCCCAGACCAAUACUUUUAAGCACUGACGAGAGGAUCUCCUCUCUUGGUGUGCGAUUGUGUGAGUGUACAGUGUCGUUUGGGACCGAUCUGCUUACCCGUGUGGGCUGAUCCCUGGGGAAUGCCUGUUUUGCAGUGUAUCUAGAUAAAGUGCUGAGAGAUGUACAGUGUAAAGGACUUUCCUCUAUUCUUAAAUAUGCAAUGGCUGCAAGGGCCUUCAUUUGAAGGCCGUUCAGAAUAGCUUCUAGGGCCAGUUCAGAGCCUCUUCAGUAACGUAAAACCACGCUUAUGUUUAUAUUCUGUGAACCUGUUCUUAACACAUUAUUAUGUGUGUAUAAUUCUUCAGUGCUUUACACAAUGACCAAACUGCCUGCUUAUUUUUGUCAAUGCUAACCUUUGAAAUGUGUUUUGUCUGUGAGAUUAAUACGUUGUUUUAUAUAUUUAUUAAUGAUGUUAAAUCUAUUAUAAUACUUAGCUACAAAAGGUUGCUCUGUGAAUAUUAACUAUUUGCAUUUGUAUAUGAUCUGCUAACCAGGGCUUGUGAAAUCAGCUAGAAUCAAACUAUCUUCCCUCCCUUUCAGACUAGCCUGUGGAAUUACGUCCUGCCCACCCAAAGCCUCCCACAGCAAGGGGCAAGGCAGGGGACUGGAAGCUAAGCUGGGACCUGCUUUUGCCUGCUUCCCUCGGGUUUGCUGCCUGCUCAUUUUCUAAACGUGUGACACUUUAAGCUGUGCUUUUCGUAUUUUGUACAGGAUCCUUCAAAGAGGAGGAGGCUGAUAGUUCCAGCACUUUCUUUGCUUUGCAACUGUGAUGACUUGUUUGACUUUCACUUUGGAUGCUGGCUUAAGCCUCCCUGUUGUGCUGAUUUCUGCAUGUGUUUACAAUGCACUGAGCAAAAAAUAAGAGGAAAUAGCUCAGUAAAGAGCAGGAUGGCAUCGUUCAUUCUGACAACUGUCAAUACUGCAUUUUGGUGUGAGCUAGAAUUGCAAUCAUUGUAAAUGGAUAUGUUUAAUUAUAAUACAUGCAUGUUCUGGGCAUUUCAGGCAUGGUGAAAUUAAAUCGGGACCACCCCAAAAGUCCACUUUGAGCCUGUCUUUUGGAUUAGGGACUUGACGUCGUAUGCCAUUUGCAUAGUUUGAAUAUUAUUCAAGCCUUUGAUCCUUGUGGUUUUUUAAAGCCAAGGACGAUAUUUUUUAUAGGAGGGGCAUAAAGCAUUUUCAAUGAGUUGUGCGAACGUGUCGUCUUGUUUUUGACCUUGUACUAUAACAGAUGCUGCUGAUGGUUGAAAUUUUUACUAGUUACCUUUUUAUUGUUUUUAAGAAAUGUAAUAUAGCAGUGCCCUUUCAAAACAAACAAAAAAAAGUGUAAGAUUUACUAAAAAAAAAAAAAGGGGGAAAAAACGAAGGUACAGUCUUGAAUUCAUUGGUACCAUACUCAUUCUGAGUUCAGCUGUGAGGCAGACAUGUUUCAGUGUUUCUUGGGCUUGCUCACCUUCUGGCCUAAACACCUGUAGUGUUGCUCUUUCUCUGGUUUUCCUUCUCUUGUGUAAUCUUUUUGUUUAAUACAAUUUUUCGAAGAAAUCUUUAAGUGAUUCUUUUUUUGUUUGUUUUGCUUUAGAAGUGCUGAAUUUAUGUGCAAUCUUGAAACACAUGUCAUAGAAAAUGGGAAAGAGUGGGUGUAAAUCAUAACAUUAAUUUCUAAAUGAAAAUUUGCUCUGGAUUGACGUAAAUUGACGUGCUGCAGAUUCAUGCCACGUUGUGAGUCAUACAUGCUGCUACUAGCACAGUGUA